UACUGCACCCACGCCAGGACACUGUCACCCCAGGCCACGGCUGCAGAACAGGCUUUGUGUGCCCGGGGUUAGUGUCGUCCAUCUUCUGAUCAGCACAAAGGAGAGGAUGGCUAUUUCCAGGGCCCUGACCCACAUGAACAUUCCCCAUGGCGCUUAUUUCCACGUGGGGGAAAGAGGGGUGUCCCCAGAAGCCCAAAAAGUUGCCCUGGGAGCCAGGCAUUCUGCCUGCCAUGGCCUGGGACUCCUGGGCCUGGGGCCUCACUGACACCAUCUGCCUUGGAGUGGGACCUGGUACUGGCACCCAACAAGAAGAGGGCAGAGUCCCUUUAAGCCCAGCCUCACUCCCUCGGCCUGUUGCUAUGUACGGGACCAGCUUCCUUAGCAACCACCUGGCCUCUUCCUGGGGCCUGGAGCCCUGGUUGCCAUCAGCCAUGGCUCCCAAAAAGAGUGUGAGCAAGGCAGGCAAGGAGUUUGAAGUCAAGAAGAAGAAAGGGGGCAAGAAGGAGCCCGUGGUGGCCGUGGAGCCACCUCUGGCCAAGGAGAUGAAGGAGUUCUACCACAUCCAGAUCCGAGACCUGGAGGACCGGCUGGCCCGGUACCAGCGGAAGUGGGAUGAGCUGGCUGUGCAGGAGAAGCUGUUCCGCCAGGAGUUCGAGCAGCUGGCCAAUAACAAGAAGGAGAUUGUGGCCUUCCUCAAGCGCACGCUCAACCAGCAGGUGGAUGAGAUCACAGACCUCAACGAGCAGCUCCAGAACUUACAGCUAGCCAAAGAGAUGGAGAAGGACGCCUUCGAGGUGCAGCUAGCCCGGGUGCGCCACGAGUUCCAGGAGACCAAGGACCAGCUCACCACGGAGAACAUCAUCCUUGCGGGGAAGCUGGCAGCCCUGGAGGAGUUCCGGCUGCAGAAAGAGGAGGUCACGGACAAGUUCACGUUGCUGGAGGAGCAGGCGCGGAAGCAGGAGAAUGAGUUCAGGGACUAUGCAUACAACCUGGAGAAGAAGUCGGUGCUGGACAAGGACAGACUGAGGAAAGAGAUCAUCCAGCGCAUAAACCUCGUGACCAACGAGUUCCACAAGAUGACCACGAACUGGAUGUCAGAGACAACCAAGCGGGCCAUCAAAGAGAACAACGGCAUUACCCUGCAGAUGGCCAGGGUCUCCCAGCAAGGCAUGAAGCUGCUGCAGGAGAAUGAGCAGCUCAAGGGAAGCCAGGACAAUCUGUGCAAACAGCUGGAGCUGCUGGAGAACACCCAGAAGGUCAUGGCCAGGCACAAAAGAGGCCAUGAGAAGAUCAUCCUCAUGCUGACCAAGAAGUGCCAGGAGCAGCAGCAGGACACCAAGGAGGCCGAGGAGCUGCGCCUCCUGCUGAGCCAGUUGGAGCAGAGAUCCCUGCAGCUGCAGGUGGACAACCAGGCACUGAAGAGCCAGAGAGACCAGCUGAGCCUGCAGCUGGAGCAGCAGCAGGUGGGUUUGCAGCGGCUACAGCAGGAACUGGCUAAUGAGCAGAAGGUUCGGGCCAGCCUGGAGGUGGCUCUGGUCCAGGCCACCUCCUUCCUACAGGACAUUCUGCAGAUGCACCCCGAUGAAGAGGACAGCGACUUUGACGUGACGUUCCAGCCAUGGCAAAAGGAGAUACUGCAGCAACUGCUGGUCAUGCUCGGCUCCACUGUGGUCCGGAGACCUCAGAAGGCUGUGUGUCCCCACCAGGAGCCAAAGUCCCACAGCCCACCCAAGGAGAGCCAGCCCAGCAUCCAGCUGCCCAGGACUGGGUCUCUGCUGCCGCAGCUCUCUGACAUCACCCCCUACCAGCCGGGGGAUCUAGGCCUGAUACCUCGCCAGGCCCACAUCCCACCCAACCCCCAGGACCUCAGGCUGCUGUCAUAUAUCACCCGUGUGGGGACCUUCUGGGCACACAGCAGCCCUGAGAUGCGUGCCCCUGGUUCUCUAAAAAGGCUUGAAAAGUUUAGUCUUCCUGAAGUUCCCCUACGUCCCAAGUAGGACGCAGAGAGAAGAACCUACUCCAGAAAUGGACUGGUCCAGUCACAGUCACCCUC